GGGAACUGCUGCAAAUUUUAAUAUUCCGAUGUGUAAAGCAAGUAAGUGCACAAUUGUUGAAGUUGAAGAACUAGUUGAAGUUGGUCAGAUUUUGCCUGAGGAGAUUCAUGUGCCUUCCAUUUACUGUCACCGAAUUGUUGUUGGGGAAAAAUAUAAAAAGCCUUUCGAAAAACUAAUUUUUAACGAUUCAUCUGAAAAGAAAGAUAAAAGUACAGACCAGUUGGAUAAUGUCAGAGAAAUAAUUGCUCGUCGGGCAGCUUUGGAAUUUCAAGAUGGAAUGUAUGUAAACCUUGGGAUUGGCAUUCCAACUCUUUGUCCUAAUUAUUUACCAAAAGGAAUAAGUGUUCAUCUUCAAUCCGAAAAUGGUGUUAUUGGCGUGGGCCCAUAUCCAAAACCGGGAGAGGAAGAUCCUGAUAGAAUUAAUGCUGGGAAGGAGUCAAUCACUUUUCUACCUGGCGCCUCUGUUUUUGGUUCGGAUGAAUCUUUUGCUAUGAUACGUGGGGGACAUAUAGACUUGACAUUAUUGGGAGGUUUGCAAGUAUCACAAUAUGGAGAUCUUGCAAAUUGGAUGAUCCCCGGCAAAAUGGUUAAAGGAAUGGGCGGAGCAAUGGAUUUGGCAGUUUUUGAUGUAGACAAAAUAAAUGGAUUGACUCUUGUGGAAGUUUAUAGUGAUUGUUCUGUUGAGGAUGUUGUCCAGGCAACUGACUGCGAUUUUAAGAUUUCUGAAAACUUGAAAUCUAUGGGACAGGCUUGA